AUGGGUCACGCAAGCGACUUCGAAGAAGCGUUCGAAGCCUAUCGCAAUCCCACGCGAAACUUGAAGGUUUCUAUUCGAUCCACAAUGACAGGCGCCGGCGCAGAUGGCACGCAAGAGCUCGUUGCGCUAAGUGGAAUCAAGGAGGGGCAUGGAAAGGAAGUUGUUCACUCUGAGAAAGUUUCUGCUGAACUUGCUGAACUCGACGACCUUCACUACGGGCUCGAGUUUCCUACCGAGGAAGAGAAACAAACCCUUCGCAGAGUUUCUGAUACUCUUCCUUGGAAUGCAUUCCUGAUCGCCCUUAUAGAAAUGGCGGAGAGAUUCUCGUACUAUGGCAGUACCGUCGUCUUUACCAACUUUAUUCAGCAAAGCCUCCCUCCCGGAUCUCACACGGGAGCUGCUGGUCUCAAUGGUCAAGCCGGUGCCUUGGGUUUGGGACAACAAGCAUCCACUGGCCUUACUACGUUCUACCAGUUCUGGGUGUACCUCACUCCGUUAUGUGGAGCAUAUAUUGCGGAUACAUAUCUCGGACGUUUUAACACCAUCUGUGUCGCCAUUGUCAUUACUCUCGUCGGUCACAUUAUUCUCAUCGUCUGCGCACUUCCUGGUGUCAUUGAGCACAAGAGUGCCACCGCAGCUUUUGUAGUCGCGAUGAUCAUUAUGGGCUUUGGAACCGGGACCUUCAAAUCCAAUAUUUCACCUUUAAUCGCCGAACAAUAUAGGCGCACACAAUUAUUCAUCAGAACAGAGAAGAACGGCGAGCGUGUCGUCGUUGAUCCUGCCUUGACGAUAGCUCGCGUCUAUAUGUACUUCUACCUGUUCGUCAACGUAGGCUCGUUGAUCGGACAAAUUGCCAUGACCUAUGCUGAGAAGUUCGUCGGCUUUUGGCUUGCGUUUACACUGCCCACUAUCAUUUUCUUCAUAUGUCCUCUCGUGCUUUGGUUUGGGCGUAACCGAUAUAUCCGCUCUCCACCCACAGGGUCUAUUCUGGCCACGGCUCUCAAGUUAUGGGGUCUCGCUAUGAAGGGACGCUGGCGCAUAAAUCCCGUCACGUCCUACCGUUUGCUCACAGCGCCCGACUUCUGGGAAAACGUCAAACCGAGUAAACUAGGUGACGCUAAACCGGCAUGGAUGACUUUCGACGACCUUUGGGUAGAUGAAGUAAGACGAGGACUAAAAGCUUGUACUGUAUUUUGCUGGUUCCCCAUUUACUGGCUUUCCUACAACCAGUUGAACAACAAUCUUACGUCCCAGGCAGCCACCAUGUCUACUCAUGGCCUCCCCAACGAUGUGUUGUCAAACUUGGAUCCCUUUGCAUUGAUCAUUUUCAUUCCAAUCUGUGAUAUGUUUAUAUAUCCAUUUUUGCGAUCUAAUGGAAUUAGGUGGACCUCCCUCAAAAAGAUUACAGCCGGCUUUGCUACUGGUUCGGCCGCUAUGAUCUGGGCUGCGGUCCUCCAACACUAUAUCUACAAGACCAACCCUUGCGGAAACCACGCCGCGACUUGUAAGGAUGCAAACGGCAAUGUCCUCGUCUCGCCGUUGAAUGUAUGGAUUCAAACCGGCUCAUAUGUUCUGAUUGCGUUUAGCGAAAUAUUCGCAUCCAUCACCGGCUUGGAGUACGCUUUCACCAAGGCACCAAAGAACAUGAAAUCUCUGGUCAUGUCUAUUUUCUUGGUAACUUCAGCGCUUUCAGCUGCACUGGGAGAAGCCUUCGUCUCGCUUGCAAUUGAUCCCUUACUCGUUUGGAACUAUGGAGUAAUGGGAGUUUUGGCUGGCGUAACCGGUGUUCUUUUCUGGUUCUCUGUCUCCAAGCUUGACAAGGAAGAGGAUUAUUUGAAUAACCUGAGUGGCGGGAAUGAAAUAGUCCGAGAUGAAGCAUAA